UAGCGAGCGUCGAGCUUCGUCGCCUUUCACUUUGGCCUGAUCUGCUUUUCGUUGCGCAAGGCUUGCUAUAUAACUAACCUAUCUUAUUAUUUUCAGCGCAUUUUCCCUCUUAUGGCUGAGUUACUGAGUCCGGUCUAGUGGAUUAUAUGUCACGUGAAUUUGUUGGGGUAUGUCGACCAAUGGGGCUGGCAUGGCCAACUCAUGGGACGGGCGAGCUGAACCUCAUACUAUCGAGUCAGCCAAUAACAUCGCGACAAUGAUAUCAGAUCAGAUCCACCUCCAUCAGCUGAAUGCAUUCCAGCUGAAGUUUCUAAUAUGCGGCUGACGCAAGCGAGCAUUGGCUCUGUCUAUUUAUUCGGUAGACUCAGCCUGGAUUGAGCGAUUUCAUCUUUGUCGGUUAUUGAUAUCAAUAUGGCCGCUCCAACAGAAACCGUCCAAAAACCUCUGGAGAAAUACGUCCAUCCCCCAGAGACGAAGCACAAGCUGAAAUAUGCCGAUUUAAUCACCCUCGACAUGGCCGAUUUCGAUCGGCCAGGAGGAAAGGAGAGACUGGCUGCUCAACUCAAAGAGACGGCUCAUAAAACCGGCUUUUUCUACAUCACCAACUUUGGCAUCACCCAAGAACAAAUCGACCAGCAAUUCGCCAUUGCAAAAGAAUUCUUCUCUUUGCCUGAAGAAGAACGCCUCAAGUUCCGUGCUCCACUGGAAGAAGGCAUCUACAACGGGUACCGACCUCUUGGCGCGAUUGAACUUCUACCUGGAUUGUAUGACAACCUUGAAACGUACAACAUCUCCAAAUUCAUCCCCGAAAAGCAACGCAGUCAACCCGAGGUGAUCAAGCGGUACUGGGCCGAUAUUGAGAAAUUCCACCGUCAUAUGCAUGAAAAUAUCGCACACAAGCUUCUCAAACUGCUAGCCAUCAUUUUGGAACUGGACGACGAGGACGAGUUCGUCAAGGGGCAUCUCUACGAAUCCAACUGCGAUAGCUCACUGCGGUACAUGAAGUACCACGCAAGAACGGGAGAGGAAAACACCAAAUUCAAGAAUACGUAUAUUAAGGGCCACGCAGACAAAGGCACCAUGACGUUCGUCUUCCAACAGCCCGUUGCAGCACUGCAGGUCCAAAAAACCGACGAAUCCGACUGGGAACACGUCCGUAUCCAGCCAGGCGUGGUCGCCGUGAACAUCGCUCGCAUCCUACAUCUACUUACGAAUGGAUAUUUCAAAGGUGGAAUGCAUCGUGUCAUUGCCCCGCCUGAAGACCAAGCCUGCAUUGAUCGACUGGGAUUGCUGUAUUUUGUCUUACCAAGUGAUCAAAUCAAGAUGAAGGCGAUGGAUAGCCCGUUUUUGAGACGAAUGGGGUAUGGGAAGAAGGAGGGGAGCAUUGAUUUGGAUAUUCCGGCGAAUGAGUGGGUGAGGGACAGAUUUAGGAAUAAUUGGCUCCCGUUCGAUCAGAGACCUAGUAAGAAGAUUUGAGUAAUUCAACGGGUGCAUACUAUAUAAUUUUGCCAACAUCCUGCUAUUCUAUUCUAUUCUACGAUGAAGCCUCGAGUGGGGAUAAGUCCAAAGCCACGCCCAAUCAUGUUUCCCAUCACAUACAGGGAUUGUGCA